GACCAACCGCACCUUCCUCUGGUGCGGCAGGACAGACGGACACAGGCUGGCUGGGACACAGGCUGGCUGGACAGAGAGGCCCGUAAGGGGGCUGGGCACUGCAAGCCCGGGGGGGCUGGAGCCAGGGGUCCUGCAGCAGCCUUGUAACAGGACCAGCCUUGCAACACCUGGAUGGGAGCCCUGGUUUGCAAGAACUCAACCUGCAAUGCAGGGCUCUGUACCCCCUGGUGGGCACUGGCUGGAGUGGGUGCCGGGGGCUUCAUCGUCCUGGUCAUCAUCGUGGCCCUGUCUGUGUGUCUGUGCCGGGCUAAGAGGAGAGUAAGGAAGCUGGCAGCCCUGAAGGGCGGCGCCAGAGAGGAGCAGCCUGACGUCCAUUAUGCCUCCCUCCAGAACCUGGGAUCUGCCUCGGCCAAGGAUGCAGGGCCCGAGCCCCCCCAGCCUCACAACCAUGACUAUGCCACUGUGGCUGAGCUGCGGCGGGGGCAGGAAGAGGCUGGGGGGAGAGAGGCAGGGGUGGAGGCUGGGCCAUGUCCAGGGACAGGGGAAAGGGAAGAGGAAAGAGAAGAGGGGGACCCCCCAGAAGAGGUGAGCCAGGGCUGUGAUGGCAGUGGGGAGCUGGAGGGUGCUGGGCAGCGAGGGGAGCCCUGAGGCUGGCCUGAGAACCCCAGUGUCUGGGCUCCCAGCCCCCCACUAGUGGUCAGCUCCCAGCCCUCUCCUCCCGGAGAGCCCAGGCAUCCAGGCUCCCAUCCCCCUCGGCACUCACCCCCCCAGUCGCCACCCCGCUCCCAGAGAAUUCAGGUGUCCAGGCUCUCAGCCCCCCAGUCCCCUCUGGAGAGCCCAGGCAUCUGGGCUCCCAGCCCCACCUCUCUCAGAGAGCCCAGGCAUCCAGGAUUCUUGGUGGGAAAAGCUGGGGUCCUGGGUUGUGGCUGGGUGCCCUGGUCCUGGCCCUGGGUGGUCGAGGUGGUGGUGGGGGCUUUUCUGCCCACUGUAAUAUACCAAUCAGAAGCUGUAAUAAAAGGUUG